CGGGUGGAGGCUCCGCAUCAGCCAAUGAGAGAGCCGAUGCAGUGCAGUGGGCGGGGCAGAGGCGCACACGUAGCUUGUAGCAACAUAAAUGAGCGACGAGCCAAACGCUCAGCUACGCAAAACGCACCUACACGCAGAACUUCAUUGAUACACGAAGUCCAGAGGAACCAUGACUGACAAGAAGGCAGUGAUAAAGAAUGCAGACAUGUCUGAGGACAUGCAGCAGGAUGCGGUGGACUGUGCCACGCAGGCUAUGGAGAAGUACAACAUUGAAAAGGACAUUGCUGCCUUUAUCAAAAAGGAGUUUGACAAGAAGUACAAUCCUACAUGGCAUUGCAUUGUGGGAAGGAACUUCGGCAGCUAUGUGACACAUGAGACGAAGCAUUUCAUUUACUUCUACCUUGGCCAAGUGGCCAUUCUACUCUUCAAGUCAGGCUGAAACCCAGACAUGACCUCUUAGCCCUACUUUUAAUUCAGCCCUGAACACCCAUGCCAUACAUUUCCCCCUUUUUCCUUCAAAUCUACCUAUUUCCUGCUUCCUUUUUUCAGUCUCUGUAAUUUUGGCCACCCUCCACACUACCACCAACAGAGGAAGGAGCUGUGCUCUUGUCUGGACUGUGAUGUACCAGUGGCUUGGACCAUUCUUGGAAACACCCACUCACACAUACAAAACACAAACAAUACACAUGCCAACAUUGGCUCAGUACCAUCACAUCUUUCGCGCGGAUUGACUCAUGCUUUCCAGACAUGAUUAUAUGGCUGUGCUUGGAUGCAUAGACCUUGUACAUUAUUUCAUAUGUAUACGUUGUAUAGUAACUUGUUUUUCAUGGUAACUUAAUAUUAUAAGCAACAGGAGACUUUUGUUGAAAAAACUUUAAUUUUCUGUGUUUACUGAGAUUCUGUAAAAAUGCUUUGACUGUUGCUUACACUGAAUAAAGAAUGAAUAUAUGCUAAGCGUUAAA